AACAUGACGAUGGCGGAAAUGUCAGUCAUCGAGGACGAAUAGACUUUAGUUUAUAGAUUAAUCAACAUAGAAAUGAUUGGCACAUUCCUUGUUGGCUUGUUCCAUAUGCUAGAACAAAUGUGUACAAAAUCUCCUCCUUCCAUAGUGCUACUAGAUAUGCCAUAUGGGAAUGGGUUGCCUGAAUUAGGCUGAAUAAGCCAGGAAAACCAAUCAUGACCAAUGACUUUGCCUACUUUACUUUGGUCGUUUGAAGACUUGGCAGAGUUUUACAGUUUAAGUCUUAAAUUAAGUCAUAACCAAUCAUUUAACAGAGCAUGACUAUUGACUAGAUCUGCCAUCUAGGUCUAGAGUGUAGAUUCUUAUUUUACUCUAGACUCUUACUCUACUGUCUCUAGACUAGAAAAUCUAGAUUGACCUGUCAUAGAACAUAAAGACUAAAGUCAUAAUCAACUCUUUUUUGAGUAACAUCUGUAAUAGUGUAAUAUUAUAAUAUAUAUUAUAAGUAUUAUAAGACGAUAAGAUUAAAGAUAGAGUGUUAGAGUUAAGAAUUACUGUCGUCAUCAAGCAGCUGUAGUACAUAGCACAGAAGUCUAAUUCAUAAUGAUAAAGCUCUGGCUGUUAGUGUAUGUUCCUUCAGAGUUGAAGAUAAUUUACUUCCUAGUCCAAACCUCUGGCAGAACGACGAGGGAUGGCAGUAGAAAGAGUAUAAACAUGGGACCAUCAAAAAUUCUGAACAACAGUCCAGUGUGCAUACCGCUCUUCUAGGCAGCCACCGUAUUGUUUUUCAAUUCAUUUUACAGAAUUGCUUAAUAAUUUAAUCAAUUAUAAAAAGAAUGGCAGGGAAUGGCAAUAGGCUGGUUUUGAAUCAUGACCAUCAGCACUACACUCUGAAGCACAUACCUAACAACCAGAGAAGUUCUUUCAAUAGGUUGAUAGAACUGGAAAUGUGUUUCUGAUUCACAACUGAUAUGGCUACCAAACUACCAAAUAGACCUGUUCUAAAAAAGCAUAUUUCAACAUUAAAAAUUCCUGUUAGUGCUGAUGUAACUGAUAAAGCAAAGAUCAAACCCACCGAGUCUUCAAUCAAGUCAUUAAAUAAUGGUCCAAAACCAAGGGCUCCGAAUAAGAAAACACAGUCUCAGUCACCAAGUGUUACUGCGAAACCAACAGCUGUCAACUCAAGGCAGACAACUUAUGAUAAAGAAGUGGAACAAAAAUUUGAUCAUAUUUUAGAAGGUGACUUUACAGAUUUGCUUCCCCUUCCUCGCUCCACUGUUCGCAUAUUUCUCAGUUCUACCUUCUCUGAUAUGAGAGCAGAAAGAAAUGCACUAGCCAAGCUAGCGUAUCCCAAACUUAGAGAUUUCUGCACAGAGAUGGACCUAGGCUUCCAAGUUGUUGAUCUGAGGUGGGGUGUGACUGCUGAAGCUACAAAUAGCCAUUUGACGACUGAAAUAUGUUUGCUGGAGCUGAAGAAUUGCCAAAAAGUUUCAGUUGGACCAAAUUGUAUUGCAAUCAUUGGAAAUCGUUAUGGAUUCUGCCCCCUGCCUUAUAAAAUUUCCCUAGAGGAAUAUACCAUUCUCAAGUCAGAGGCUAAGGAACUAGGAUUAACUGACUUUAAUCUGAUUGAUCAAUGGUAUUUUAAAGAUGAUAAUUCAAUACCACCAGCCUAUUAUCUGCAACCAAUUACUUCGCAGCUGCCUUACUUUUUAGACAACUCCUCUCAGUUUGAGAGUCAGAAGAAAGCUCAAAUAGAAGAGUGGAACAGAAUAGAAAAGACUAUGUUAGCUACACUUUACAAAACUGCCAUUUCUGCUUGUAACAAACAAACAAUUUCACAGGACAGAAAACAUUUUUAUCUAAUGUCUGUAACAGAGCAUGAAGCCAGAGCUGGUAUUGUCACUGCCUUGGACCCCAGUAAACAUGGCCUGGUAUUCCUUAGAGAGCUGGAUAACUUUACAUCUGACAUGUAUAAAGACCAGAAUGCAAGCCGUUACAAAGAUCUGAUUAAUGAAUCAGACAAGCCUGAUACAGAUAUAAAUGCAGAAAAUUUGUUGAAAUCUUUUAAACAUGAUCUCGUCUCUAAUCUAAAUGAAUCAAAUGUGACUUCAUAUAAUGUUCCCUGGCAGUCAGGGGGAAUCAACCCUGAACUGUUCCCAGCACACAAAGAGUACAUAGACCAGUUUUGUUCUGACUUUGUUACCAAAGUCAAGGCAAUGAUACAAGCGGAUGCUUCAGCCAAGGAGUCACUGAUCAGGCAGGGAGAAUAUUACUCUUCCUUUGAAGAAGUUCUCCAUCAUGCCCACUUUUGUCAAACAAAAACCGAGACUUUUUGUGGUCAGAAUGAAACACUUAACAAGAUUAAAGAAUACAUUUUAGAUCCUGCCAAUCGUAAGCCUUUUGUCAUUCAUGCUCAAUCUGGUGCUGGGAAAACAUCUGUCAUGGCGAUGGCCAAGAACAGCUUGAGACUGUGGAUCAAGGAAGACCAUGUUAGCAUCAUUCAGUUUCUUGGGACAACUCCAUUAAGUACAGAUAUAUACAACGUUCUGUUCAGUUUGUGUGGCCAGCUGGCAGAUAUCACUGACAGCAUCAUGGAACCACAGAGCUACAGAACUAUGAAGGCAUUGGCCAUGUAUUUGCCACGAUUUUUUCGUACCAUUGGAUCCAUACUCAAGAUGCCAAUAAUCAUUUUUCUGGACUCAUUGGAUCAGUUAGAUAGCAAGCAUGAUGCUUACACUGCAUGGUGGCUGCCAGUAAAUCUUCCAUCGAAUUUCAAGCUGGUCAUCUCAACUUUGCCUGACCAUCAUGAAAUAUUGACCAAUCUCAGGAAUCUAGUUAGUCUGGAAAAAAAUUUUGUUGAAGUUCCUCUCUUGCCAGAUGUGACAAGUAGAGAAAUAGUAGCAAGAUACCUGACUUUUAAGAAGAGACAAGUGAAUGACUAUCAAAUAGAGUUUCUUCUAGAGACAUUUAAAAAGUCACCUAGCCCUCUGUUUUUAAAGCUGUUAAUGGACCAUGCAGUACACUGGUGUUCCUAUACGCCAUUAUUGAAACUUACCUUGCCAGAUUCUGUCAGAGUUGCUAUUAAUAACCUUUUUCAACAACUUGAAAUUAAAUUUGGCUCAAAAUUUGUUCAAGGGGCAUUAGGACUUCUGACUGUAGGAUAUAAUGGACUGAGUGAAAUUGAGUUGGAAGAUGGUCUCUCAUGCAUGGAUGAUGUCCUGAAUGAAGUUUAUAGGUUCCAUGAUCCUCCAGUGCCUGGUCUAGUUCGAAUACCACCAGUUAUGUGGGCCAGACUUCGGUAUGAUAUUAAAGACUAUCUUGUAGAGCGUCAGUCACAAGGGCAGACUACUCUGUUCUGGUACCACCGACAGUUUAGAGAAGUGGCAACUGAGCGAUAUGCUAAUAGCAUCACAGGUCAAAAGUUGCAUCAAGUUUUAUUUGAGUUGUUUGCAGCCGAAGAUGGGGUGAAGAGAGAUAUAGUGUUGAUGGAUAGGAAUAACCUUUACAUUCCAAAUGCAGACAGAAAUACAACACCCCAGGUGACAAGCAUCGGAAACAACAGAAAACUGGAGUGUCUCUCCUACCAUCUAAAGCACUGCCAGAGCAUCCAAGAUCAGGAUUUUGUCAAACAAACUACUUACUGCAACUUGAUGUUCCUAAGGGCCAAAGUCACAUCUGUAGGCAUUGAGAAACUAUUGAGAGAAUUAGAAGAUUAUCAGAGCAUUGUCCAGGAUGAGGAGGUGGAUGUUAUAAUGAAGUUUAUUGUCACUUGUAGCAGUUCUCUCAAGGAUCCUGUUGUAGCUGCCUUCAACAUACUUGCACAUAUUCCAGAUGAAACUGAACAUAACAAUAUUUUGCUCCUCAAAACAAAAGCUAGGCAGUAUCUAUGGAGUUUGAACAAGACUGUAUUAAUGCCAUCCUUUGCUUGUCUAGUUCCCAGGUGUGGAGAACCAGAGAAAACUUAUGUUGGCUUUAGUCAUUUUUUAGGCACCAGAAAUGAGCUCGUUUUAUUUGCUAGUAGCUGGCCUUCCAUCAAUACAGAACAGAAGAACUAUUUAGCAGACCAUUCAGCAACCUUGGCAUGCAUUGAUAUGAAAACAGCUGAAUUGAGCAAGCACUUCUGUGAAAACAUUAGCUCUGAGCCAUACAUGAUGGCAGAUGGCAAAGUUUUGGUUUAUUUUUCAGUAGCUGAGCUGGCCAUUAUCAAAUUGAACAUUGAAACUGGGAAAUGUAACAAAUUUCUGCUUGUUGAGAUCUUUCCUGGAUCUCAUGGAAACAAAUUAUCAACUCAUUCUUGUUUGAUAUCUGGAUCAAUGGAUUCAAAGUUUUUGGCUAUUUGUUUAGGAGAUGGACUUGUUGUAGUUGAGGCUCAAGACAUGAAACCAAUCUGUUUGCUUCAACAACCUGUCAAAACCAAAGUCACUAACAUCCAUUGUAGUAGCGGACCACCUCUUGUUGUCAUAGUAACCAGCGAUGAUAGAGAAAUAACAUAUUGGGAUGUGGUGAAGAAAGAAAUAAUACGUCGUAUAAAAACAUCUGCAAGAAUUGAACCGAAAUGCUCCCACUUGACACUUGAAGAUGAAUUCCACAUAUCUUACAGCAACUUUGAAAAGGAGCAUUCCAUUUAUGUCAACAAAAUGAAGCAUGAAGAUCUUUCAGAACCCUUACAAGUUUCUAAAGUUAUUCAGAUGAUGAAGGUGUCGAGAAUAGACCAGGAAAUUUACAUUCUCAUUGGUGGUACAGAAAUUAAGGUCUUAAAUCUGGACAGCAGGCACUAUGUUAAAACAUUCCUUCAUGAGACUGGAAUUGUUUCCUUCGAUGUUGCUUGGGAUGAUGAGAAGCUUCUGAUAGCUGAUACCAACAACUCAAUUAUUCUAUUGAAUCAUAAGUUUGAUGUUAUAAUUUCACAUGAAGGUAUCCUAGGUCAAAUAAACUAUGUUGGCAUCCUUCAAGGUCAAAUGUUAAUUGCUACUCUAGAAAGUAAAGUCAAGAUCUGGAACAUGAAAGAUUUCUUUGCAGCUAUUUCAGAGAAUGAAAAAAGUAAAUCUUCCACUUCCAGUAAAAUCUUAUCACAUCAGGAUGAUGUGACAUGUUUUGUCAUGUCCAGUGAUGGACAAAUUCUUCUAACAGCAGGUACACAUGAAAUUGGUCGAGUUUGGUCUCUGCAAGACUGCUCAUUUAUACGUGAGUUCAAAUUACACUUGAAGCCAACUAGAAUGGUUAGCGUAGCAGAAAGCAAAUUUGUUGCCUAUGACAGUGAAAUGAAAAGAUUAAUUUCUUUUAAGCAGGAUGGAGUUCAUAUAAAUUGUAAUUACCCUGAUAAUGUCACCUGCUUCACUAUUACCAAGGAAAAUAACAGGCUUUUGUUUUUGACUAAAGGGAGUAAGCAAACCUUGUUUAUAUAUGAUAUCAAAAGUAACAUUUACUUGAAAAAAUUCCAUGUCAACAUUAAUUUUAACUACCUGAGUGCAAAAAUGUUUUUGUCUGUUUCGGAACGUUACGCAGUUUUCAAAUGGGAAGUAACACCAGAGGACUUCAAGGCAAUCUCAGCUAUGUGGAAUAAAGGGACCAAACUCCCAGAACAGAAACAUCCUUUCAGGUUCUCUGCUGUUGAUUUGAAUCAAGGUUCAGGAGUCCAACUUCAUGUUUAUCACCAACUUACCAAAGUUCCACAGCUGGGCAUCGCUGUAGAGCCAUACAAAGGUAACUUAAUGAUGGUCUCUUCCAGACGUUGGGUUGUUUUCUGGGAUAUCCCAACAGGCAACUGCGAUCAAAUGAUGUGCAAGUCUCCAAGAAAGACAAAAAUGUACCGCCCAGAUUGGCUUGGCCAAGACUGUGUCGGCAGCAAUGACAUCAUUACCAUGUCAACAGAUAGGCGAUAUGUUGCUGUAGGCUCUCAAGAUGGUUAUGUGUUUGUGUACGAUGGAGAGUCAGGCAUGCCUGUGGGAAUGAAGGCUCCAACAAGCAGACAUCCAUCUCCAGUGAAUCAGGUUUGUUUCAACAGCUCCACUUCCCUUCUGGCUUCCUCUUGUACUAGUGGCUAUCUCAAAGUGUGGCUUCCAAAGACUGGUCGGUGCAUUUUUUCUGUGUCCAUCGGAAUGGAGCUAAGACAGUUAGAGUUUAGUCACAACGGGAAGAAACUUAUGGCUGUGACAACUGCUGAAUUGAGUCAUGUCCUGAUGUUUGAUAUCACGAAAGGUUAAAGAUGCUUUUGGAUAUUUUAUGUAGUUUGCUAAAAAAAAUCAAAAUUAAUGUAGUUUUUGAAGAAAAACGAGGUUUGUGUUGGACUGUGCUUCCAGGAAAAAUGUUCAUUAAUUCACUUUAGGUAAUUGUUUUGUAGUGUGUGUAUUUUUGUUCUCUUUAAUGUUAUUAUUUUUAAUAUAUUUAUUUUUUUAUUGUUGUUUUUAAUACCCAUUAAUAUUCAUGCCAUAUUGUUUUAGCAGCCCCCUCUCCCCUGGUAAAAGCUGCUAUUGUUAAAGAGAUGAUUGUCAUGUUUAGAGCUCCAAAAAAAAGUGAAAGAUAUGGUUUUAAAACUACCUCUAUCUUACUUAGUCUAACUUCAAAUUUUACUUUACUUUAGUCUUUUGAAAGCCUACAAUUUGUUUUUUUAAAUAUAAUGUAUACCAUUUUUAAAGAUGAUAAAAUUACACUGUGUACUUUUCAGUACCUACAUGUUAUUGCCACAAGUAAUUUAUAAACUUUUAAAAAUGAAGAUUUGUUUUGCUUUAUUUAAUCAAGUUGUUUUCAAAGUUUUGUUUUGUUAGAUAAAUGUCUUUGUUUUACAAAAUCUAAUUAACUUUCUGAAUUCCUAGACAGAAUUUUUUUUUAACUUAUUGAAUAUCAUGCAUGUAAAUUAUUUAAUGUAAAGGCAGUCAGUGAAAGGCUUUAUCACUAUUUCAUAUUGUUACAUUUUUACAAAACUUAUAUCAUCUCACUCUUGUCUUGGUGGAAUCUCAUACUCAUUGUUUCUCCCACUUCCCAUUCCCGGAUCAAGUUGAAACUUUGCACAAUCAUUCAUUGCCGAUGACAGCACAUAAAUCAACUUUAAAAAAUUAACCAAUUAGUUAAUCAGUCAGUCCUAAUUAAUAAAUUUUUUGUUGUACAGAAAAGGUAGGCUACUUAGCUAAUAGCGACUAAUAGUAAUAUGCUAAAUGUAAUUUGCAGGACCCCUGCUGGGCACGGGGCCCAAUUUUGAGCAAUCAAUGAAAUCGGCCCAAGGCUGACCCUGAUUAGUCUAGAUCUACUAAAAAUUAAUUACAUGAUUCCAUUCAUCCAUCCCAGUGGCGCUACAGCCCAUGGAGGGCUCUGUCCUGCUUCAACACAUCCUUCCAUUCAGAUCUCUCCUGGGCCCUUCAUCUCCAUGCCCUAACCCCAAGCUGUUGCAGAUCUGCCUCCACAUCAUCAAUCCAUCGCAUUUGGGGUCUGCCUUUGGGUCGCCUAUCUUUUGUUUUUUGCCUGUAUAUGAUUUUCGCUCCUCUGUUAUCUGACAUUCUUUCAAGGUGAUCUGCCCAACAUAGUCUGUUCUUUUUUAUUUUGUUCACUAUUGGUGGGUCUUCAUACAAUUGAUAUAACUCAUGGUUAGUGCGUGUCCUCCACCCUGUUUCAUCCUGUAUGGCACCUUAGAUUUUCCUAAGGAUAUUCCGAUCCCAAGUAUUAAGUAAAUUUUCAGAUGUCUUAGUCAGUGUCCAGGUCUCACUUGCAUACAUUGCUGUUGGUCUUAUUAUGGUUUUGUAUAUUAUAAUUACAUGAUUGGUUCAAAAAAUUUUAAUGCAAUUUGACUCAAUAUUGGCUUUUUUUUUUUUAAAGUAUUUGUUUUAUAUUUUACUUGUUAUUAUGUUUGCUUUGUUUCACUUUUGGUAAACUCUGAAAUAUUAAAUGCUUUAGAAAUCCAAAAAGUGUUUUAAUACCACUAGCUAUGAACAUUUAUAAAUAAACCAGCAAGUUGUUUUUAUUGAUAUGACAUUGUAAUGACAUUAGUUUCUUUUAAAAUUCUUUAUUGUUUUUACACACAAUUUUUAUAAUUCAGUCAAAUUAGUGUUUGAUAUAUAAAGAUACUUUAGUUUGGAUUUAAAUCAUGUAAACUGUGAUACAUUUAAAAGUAUUUUAUUUUAAUUGUAUUUUAUUCCAUAUAUUUUCCUUAUAGUUUUUUUGUCUUUAAACUACAGAUUUUAAAAAUGGCUUUAAAAUCUGUAAUCAAAGUUAAUUUGUUGAUUUAUUUGAAUGAAAGAUAGUUUAAUGGAAGAUGAAAGAUACACAAAAUAAUUUUUUUGAAAUUAUUUCAUUAAUGAGAAUAAUUACUUAGAAUCCCAUACUAUUUAAUAGUUGGUCUAUAACCAGCAAGAGAGAUAACUGUUCUUAAGUUUUACUGUGAAAUCACAGAAUGAAUAAUUUGGCCCAAGGCACUGAGACUGAGUGGUAAAGCACUUGGCUUACAAACCAGAGGGUCCCCGGUUUGAAUCAUGAUGAAGACUUGAACUUUUAAUUUAGGCUCUAAUGGGUACCUGACAUUAGUUAAGGAAAAGUAAAGGUGGUUGGUCAUUGUGCUGGCCACAUGAUACCCUUGUUAGACAUGGGCCACAGAAACAGAUGACAUCUGAAUAAUCUGCACCAUAGAUCACAAGCUUAACUUUUACUUUAAAAUAAGGUGUCCUAAUACUGUUUAUAUCUUUAGUUCGUUCAUGUAGACUGUAGACACUUUGUACAUUGCAUACUGGGAUAACAAUGUUGACAUAUCUUCUUAUGGCUUUUGUGAUAACAAUUAGAAUACCACUUUUCCUUUAUACUAUCAUUUUACAAACAAUGCAAUUUAUUCUUAUAUGUAAAAGAUUAUUCUUGUAUUAUAUUUUUAUGUAUCCUUUACUUAACAUUUUUAAACAUUGUUUUAUGAAAGCUGCUUUCUAUCACAUCAUUCAUUUCUUUUAUCACCCUAAUAAAUCAAGUCCAUAUUUCCCUUGGCAUGAUCAUGUUAUCUCCCUUGCUGCCAGUACUUCCGCUGGAACCCAAAGUUUUUCAAAGAUCUGCCUGAAGAUAAACUGUUAUGAAUGAAACAAACCCAGAUAUUCCAUACCCAGCAAUCAGAAGCUAAUGUCUGUGUGUCUCUGUAAUGGGUUUUUACAAUCAGUUUCUGUAUUAUUUACAUAGUUAUGGACAGUUUUAUUAUGUGCUAACAGAUAGAUUUACUGAUAAAUUGUGUGUGUGUGUGGAUUUUUUUUUUCUAAAAGCAUGAGAUAAGAAUUUAUUUGGGCCAAUAACAGCAGUACUCUCUAUUUAUAGUGCUUUUUUUUAAGUCAUAAAGUUAAAUGAUUACAUAUAAUGACCUUUUUUAUUCUAUACUAAGAAUGUUGGUCUUUUAGCAUUGUUUUGUUUUUUCAAAGUCUCACAGAGUUGAUGGAAUUAUAAUUGAUGCAUAGCUUUCAUUUUUUUAAAAACUUUGUUGUUCUAUGACUACUUCUGUGUUGUAUAAUUUUGUUAGUCUACACAUUUGUCUUUCAAAGAACUUGGAUCAAACAUACACAUUCUUGUUGUAUCAUACAUCUAACACAUCUUAUUAUUUGUUACAUUAUUGAUUUAAAGCAUGUUAUUAUUUGUUAUAUCAUUAAUGUAGCACAUAUUAUUAUAUGUUAUAUUAUUGAGUUAACAUGUUAUUAUAUCUUUUUAGUUGUUGCAUUUUCAUUAUCUCUUGUCUUAACAUUCUGUUGUUGUUUUAAUACUUGCCAUGUGGGUCUAAUUGUGCCACUGGGUGUAAUUUAUGUAGUUAAAAAGAAAUAUAAUAAACAUUAAACUCUUUGGCCAUACAGAUUAAGGGAGGUAACUAUAAUAUUCAAAUGUAUGACGUGGACCAACUUUAUCUCAAACAAUUCAACUCACAGCAACAGCAAUGCAGCGCCAACAGUUCACAUAUACUUCUGUUACGCUUUUUUUUUUUGGUAUCAUGUCAUGCAACAUUACUCUAUUGUUGUUGUUUGUGUUGAAAAUAUAACUUUCAUUUUAAACUUUGUUAUUUUAUCAACUGACCUAUGUAACAAUGCUGACUUAUAUAUAGCAACACGUAUCCUGGAAACGCAACAAUGAAAAGCAGCAAAGUUGAUGUGAUAAAUAAAACAUUAACCAUAGCUUUCAAUAUAACAUAAUCAGCAAUAAAGCCAAUAACAAAAAUAUACCUUAAAAGUUACAUUUCGAUGUUAGUCUUGAGCUAAUAACAAGAGUUUAAAACUUUCCUCCAGCAAGCAACAUCUAUCGGCAAGGAACAUAAUUCUCAGGACUUUAUACUGAUUUUUUAAAGUGUAAAUAUUGUAUUUUGUAUUCCGUAAGAAUAGAAUGUUUUCAAUACUACUGGCCUCUGUUAAUUUUAUAUCAUCCUUGGUUACCUGUUUCAAAAUUAAUAACUUCCUAAAUAAAUAUUGGAAAUCCAUUUCUUGCAUCACAUUCCAAUAAUAAUUCCGCUAAUAUAUAUAUUUCACAAUUAAUAUAUCAUUAAAUAAUAAACACAAAUAAUCACAUAUAUUUAUAUUUUUAUUAGGUGUGAUUUUAAGUCUAUGCCUUCCAUAUAGCAUUUAUUUGUAAAUGUCAAUCUAAUAAUUUGAAAAAAAAUAUAUAUAACAAUUUCUAUCGUUGGUCUAUUAACAAAAAUAUGAAUUAUUGGGCAAUAGAUAUCUCAUCAUUUAGGAAAAAAAAUUAUUUUUAUCACUUGUAUUUUUGUUUUGGUUUUAAAAUUAUUUGGUGUUUUCGAGUCUAUUGAGGUACAAAAACUUUCAUAAUUUACAUGUUUUGUUCUUGUUUGUUGUCAUUUGGUUUUCUGUAUAGUAGAAGUUUAUUUUUCUAUUAAAUGUUAUUAUUAUUUAUGCUAAAUUAGAAAUUAAAAUUAGUUUUUCAUAAAUGACCAAACAAAUAUUUACAUAGCAAAAACCUAAUAAAAGAAUUGAACACCCAAAACAUAAAAUGCAAAAAAACAAAAGGCAUAUACACUUUCGUUUUAAUUGAGGUUUAUUGAUUUUUUUUUCUAUAAUUUUGACUCUUAUGAACAAUGUUUUACAUGCUUUCAGCCAAGAUAAGGGGUUAGUAUUUAAAAAAUUACAUUUGUUGAUUUAGUUACUUUUAUUUCACUUGCAUUCAUGUAGAUUUUCUUGUAUUUAUUCUUUGAUUUGAUUUAUAGAAAAUAAAUGUUUAAUUUUAGCAGAGUAAAACUUGGUCAUAAAGUGAUAAACUGAGGGUCACAAGAGUUA